AUGUUGCGUUUGGCUCGCGUUGCCCUUCGCCGGGACCCGCUGAACGGCGGCAGUUCCAUGACUCUAGGCUCAAAAGGGAUGAAGCUAUCGCCAGAGCCGCACCGUAAGCGCAUGCCGUGGACAGCCGCAAAGGAAUAUGUCCCCGGCGUCGUUCUCAACGCGAAGGAGAAGAUGGUGUUGGAUGGUGUUCAAUUGGUUGAUGUGGAUAACAUCGACCGUGGCUCGCAGGUGGAUCCGCUAGAAGUGCUGCGGGCGACAGUGGCCACCUACGAGUAUAACACAUCGACGGGAAAGAACAUCUUUCAGUUGGCUUCGCAGGCUGAAUACAGUGGUCGCGGGCAACGGUUUUACCGCAAGGAAUGGCAAGAGGGGACGUACGACAAGUAUGUCACGCUCUCCGCUAUUGAUUUUAGCCGCGACGGCAACAAGGGGACUGCGUACGGGUAUGUGACAUUUCACGGCGAGACGACGACGCGGCCUGUGCAGAUAGACUUCGCGGACGUUCCGGGGUGGCAAAUGGAGUUUGCGGCAGAACGUGCCGUUCCGUUCAGCGCGAUUGUUCCCCCGCCCCCGAGCAUCGGGACCGACGUCCCUGUCGACCCGCGCUCCUACCGCCUGAAGGCGUAUCCGUUUUACGACGCGCCGAAUCCAAGCGAGUUCGCGGAGCGCCUGCUGAAGGACCGCGGGGUGCUGCCCGACGCACCGCUCGAGGCCGCGCUCCCCCGCGACGACCCCGCGCAAGACGACGGCUCCACCCACCACGCGAGGGAGUAG